UUUUCUUUUUUCUUUUUCUUUUUCAUUGAGCGUUUGAAAGAUUACUUAAAAUGACUUUGGCUGCUGAUCUUCUUAAUCCUUCUGCUGAACACGAAAAGCGCUCCCAUAAACUCAAGAGACUUGUUCAAUCACCUGAUUCCUACUUUAUGGAUGUCAAAUGUCCAGGUUGUUUGAAUAUCAGCACUGUUUUCAGUCAUGCUCAAACUGUUGUUUUGUGUUCUUCUUGCGGUACUGUUCUUUGUCAACCCACGGGUGGUCGUGCUCGUUUAACUGAAGGCUGUUCUUUCCGCAGAAAGGCAAACUGAAUUAUAUAUGAGUGAAUAUAUAG